CGCUUCUUACUACGGUAUCUACUUCAUCUGUCCUUUUUUAUAUUCGACUCCCUGCUCACAUCUACCACUAUGUUUGCUUGUUACCGACCCCCCGCGUCUGUCUGCGCCCAACUGGACCAAGGUGGUGGCGUGCGCUUCGGUUCCCAAACUUUUGCUAUCUACUCUUGCGCUCCGCUCCCAUCGAGCUGUCAACGGCUCCAGAACGAUGUCGCUACAUAUGCCCGUUUGACCGCUAGCGCUGGAAGGGUGUGCGAAACACUGCCGGUGUUGGUGAAUCUGGAGCCGAGCGCACUGGCCCAGCUGGCCUCGCUCCCGGUCCCUUCCUCCCCGCCCGUUGGUGCCAUUCCAACUGUCCCCUGGUUCUUGCUGCGCGCCUCGAUGUUUGAAAGGCACUGUGUAAUCGGUUCGCAGUCUGCCGUCGAGUCACUACUCGUAGUUCUGCAACGGCCUUGGUGUGUUCUGGAGGCCUGCUGCUGCAACAGCGAGACGAUCGCAGCCUUGCGAGGUUUCGCGCAAUUAGCUGCUCAGGUGGACCCGAGCAGGUACGACGCAGCAGUGCGACUGUUCUCGCACGAGAUCUGGGUCAGAGGCUCAUCAACUACCGAUGGUAUUCCUCGUCCAGCUGUUUCCUGCGUGUCCCGUGCUUCCCUGGCGACCGUGCGAACAAUCUACGUCGCGUCCACUCUCACGGCCGUGACCUCAUACAAUCGAUUUUGGCUAUCGUUGAUCUGCAGUUGCGCCGUCUACCUAGAGGUAUCUUUUUCCGAGGUAGUCCGACGGAUCCGAGACGAUCUGUGCGCUGGGGGAACUGCGGGCGCCGCUUUAAUUUCUUGGACCUCCCUCUAUAGCAUGUUGCUCAGACGGAUCGGCGAUUGCGUCAUGUGA